CUCUUGCUUAGUAGUUUUUUUUUUUUUUUCCCUCUCCCUCCCUCCUCUAGGGUUUCCUUCUUCUUCCUUUUUUUUUUUUUUUUUUUCCUUACUUAACUACUGUGUUGUUUGCAUUGAUUUAUAUAUAAUGGGCUUCUUUGCAGAAGAGUCAGGGUUAAUAGUAGCCCAUCUUAUCUACAAGGCAGCUCUUGCUUUAGCAGUCUUGAUAUGGGCCUGGGACUGGGCUCUGAGAUUUAAGAACAGAGCCCAUUUAUCCUCCUCUAGCAAUGAUUCUCUACAGCAAUAUCAUCCUGUUCCUUCUCCACAUCAAGUUAUGGACGGUCUGAUUUCGACCACUUUCAAUGACGUCAUAGAGAGGGUGCCAGGGGUUUGUGACACAUGUGCUGUCUGCUUGAGCCAGUUGAGGGAUCAAGAUGAGGUCAGAGAGUUGAGGAACUGCGGCCACGUGUUCCAUAAGGAGUGCAUAGAUAGAUGGGUAGAUCAUGAUCAUGAUCACGAUCACGAUCACGAUCAUGACGAGAAUCACAAUACCUGCCCACUGUGCAGGGCACCGUUGCCGACAACCUCACGAAGUCUGGCUUGGACCAGGACUGAGCCUAGUUGGGCCGUUGAGAGAAUUCUCUACCUCUUCGGGGAUGAUUUGAUUACGUGAUCAAUUCAUUGUCGCUGCGCUCUUUUCAGCCGCCACUUCCUCUUUAUAUAUAUAUAUAUAACUUUUUUAAUUUUAAAUUAUCUUCUCAAUAUCUUUAAAUCGUUUAACAUACUAAUAUUAAAAAUAAAUCUUAAAAAAUAAAAAAUAUAUUUUAAUAUAUUUAAAAAGUAACUUUUAUCUUCCUUCCAAACAAACUAUAAUCGUGAUAGCCAAUAAUAAGCGGCAACUCAUGAAAAUAAUUAAUUAGUGUGAGUAGCAGCAGGACAAAUUUUGUAAUAUUUUUUUUUUGAGUUGUAUAUAUGUACUUUACGGUCUACGUACGCCUUUCAAAUAUUACGUUCUCUUGUAGUUGCAUUUUACAUUAAUAUGUUUUAAUGAAGUAUUUCCGUUCUUCUAACAAAAAGACAGAUAAGAAUUCUAGAUUGUAACAUUCUAUUUAUUUAUAUAGGGUU